CUGACAUUACUGACAUUGCUGUUGAUUGCUGUGAUGAAAUUGUUGACAUCGUACCCAUCGUACACCAAAGUGCAAUGUAUGCAAUUGCAGUCCUUUGUUAUAAUUUAUUUUAAUUAGUGUAACUGUAUAUAAUGGAAAUUCUUGAACUAAAAGACAUCAAAGCGAUACCUGAUAUAAUUCAUUCUUACCCGGAUCGAGUAAGAAACGAACGGACACCGCUUGUGAUUGAUAAUGGAUCAUACAACUGUAGAGUCGGUUGGGCCACGGAGAAGGAACCACAGUUGAUAUUUAAAAAUCUUAUUGCAAAACCAAGGAAAGAACGUGGCAAGAAGGAUGGUGAACCACAAGUUGGAAAUGACAUAGCGAACAUUGAAGCUGUAAGAUUUCAAUUGAAAACACAAUUCGAUCGCAAUGUUGUAACUCACUUUGAAGCCCAGGAACAAAUAUUCGAUUAUACAUUUACUCACAUGGGAAUAGACACAGAAGGUUCUGUGAAUCAUCCUAUUAUUGUAACAGAAGCAUUUCUUAAUCCUAAUUACUCACGAAAUUUGAUGGCUGAGCUAUUAUUUGAAUGUUAUAAUGUACCUGCGAUAGCAUAUGGAGUUGACUGUUUAUUUUCUUAUCAACAUAAUAAUUGUCCACCGGAUGGCUUGAUAAUUAAUAUUGGAUAUCACACUACGCACGUCAUACCUAUAUUGGAUGGAAAAGCAGAUCCUGGCAAUUCGAGAAGAAUUAAUGUUGGAGGAUAUCAUAUUACAUCUUACAUGCAUAGGCUGUUACAACUUAAAUAUCCAGUGCAUGUAAAUGCUAUAACACCUAGUAGAGCAGAGGAACUAAUACAUGAACAUUCGAUGAUAGCGUUAAAUUAUCAAGAAGAAAUUUCCAAAUGGGCAGAUCCAGAUUAUUAUGAUAUGAAUAUAUUAAGAGUUCAGUUACCCUAUAUUGCCCCUGCAAAUGCUCCUGGAUUAACAGUCGAGCAACAAAAGGAAAGAAAACGUGAACUGGCUAGACGAUUAAUGGAAAUCAAUGCUAGGAAACGAGAAGAGAGAUUGGCAGAAGACGAGGAACAAUUAAAUCAAUUAUUAGCCGUCCAAGAUUUGCUAGAAGAAGGUGAGAUGGAUGAAUUCAACCAGGCAUUAAAAACCUAUUCCCUGGCCAACGAAGCAGAUUUGAUAAAGAUGAUCAACAAUCUACAAGCGAAAGUAGAACGUACGAGGCAGAAAAUAGUUGCAGCUAAUUCGCAAGAAGAAAAUAUCACGAUGGAAGAACAGAAACCGAAAAUAAAGUCUAGUCUGCAGCCUAAAGAUCAGCAAGAUUUCGACGAAUGGAUCGCUGGUGUACGAAAGAAAAGGCAAGAAAUAUUAGAAAGACGAAUGGCUAAGAGACAGCGUAGACAAGACAUGGCGAAACGUAGAACAGCGGCCGCGCAAGAGAGAAUGCGUAUAAUAAGCCAGUUAGCAAGAAAGGAAAAACGUGACGACGAUUUUGGUAUAAGGGACGAAGAUUGGGAUGUUUAUAAAGUUAUAAACAGGGAAGGUGGAGAUUCAGACUCCGAGGUGGAACAAGAGAAACUGUUGGAAUUGGAAAAUGUGUUACGGCAUCACGAUCCGGAAUUCGAUGGAGCCGGAUCAAACGUUCCCUUGAUUCCUGGUGAAACUCAUCAGUUACACGUAGGAGUCGAACGAUUCAGAGCUCCGGAAGUGUUGUUUCAACCGUCGAUGAUAAGUUCCGUGGAAGCAGGUAUCGCGGAAACGAUCGAAUUUGUUUUGAAGCUUUAUCCACUCGAGCAACAGACGCGAUUAGUAGGGAACGUGUUUCUCACCGGUGGACCAGCAGCAUUUCCCGGCUUGUUAGAAAGAUUAAAUCGCGAGCUCCGUGAAAUGCGACCUUUCGGUUCUACUUUCCAAAUAAAUAUCGCGAAAAACACAAGUUUAGAUGCAUGGUACGGCGCAAGGGACUUCGGUCUUAAUGGGAAUCUUCCUGAGUUUCUUGUGAGCAGAAAAGAGUACGAAGAAAAGGGCGGCGAAUACCUUAAAGAACACUCGACCAGUAAUACUUACACUCGAUCGCCUGAUCCUCUACCUACAGUGCAGACUCCCGUGAUGUCGGAACAAGUUGUCAUAGAGGAUGCUGUUGUUGACGUCGAAAUGGAGUAACAAGUAAAAUAUUUAUUCUACUGUAUCUUAAGCUGUACGGUAUUAAGAUUUUACUAUCAUUCAAAUAAUAUACAUAUAACGAGGAGAAUAAAAAAUACGAAGCUGUGUUUA